CUGAGCCUUCUCCAGCCUGCAGACAUCUCACCGACUAGCCGAGAAAAGCACGCUAAUCUACCGGUAAACCCUCCACCGACAGGCCGGUAAACCCUCCAGACACAGGCCGGUAACACUCCUCUCUCAGGCCGCUACAGAGGCGAUGAUGGGCGGCAAGAGCAGCGCUAUAGCCGCCGGUGUGUGCGGGGCUCUGGUGGUCGGUUACUGCCUCUACUUCGACAGGAAGAGACGGAGUGACCCCGACUUCAAGAACAGGCUGCGGGAGCGGAGGAGAAAGCAGAAGGUAGCCAGUGAGAGGGCCGGCAUCGCCAAGCUCCCUGACCUGAAGGACGCCGAGGCUGUGCAGAAGUUCUUCCUGGAGGAGAUCCAGCUGGGCGAGGAGCUGCUGGCUCAGGGCGACUAUGAGAAAGGCGUGGACCACCUGACCAACGCCAUCGCCGUGUGCGGUCAGCCUCAGCAGCUGCUGCAGGUGUUGCAGCAGACUCUGCCUCCGCCCGUCUUCCAGAUGCUGCUCACCAAGCUGCCCAGCAUCAGCCAGCGUAUCGUGAGCGCACAGAGUCUGAGCGAGGACGAUAUAGAAUAAAAAGGACCGAGAUGAAACGCUUCCCCCCCCCUCUUCUUCCUCUUCCCGUCGCCACGGCCACCAUCACUCCGGCCCACAUCCAUCAUUUCCCAUCCAGGUGUCCUAAAGAAGGGAAUCUGUUUUUUAAUUCCUGCUUCAUCCAUGACAGUAGAGUUUGUUUUUUUUACUUAAAUUACCCGUUUUUGGGGUAUCAAAGUAUCUGGAUGGUUAAAGCCUGGAGAAACACAAAGUCCCUCUAUCUGUGUGUGUGUGUGUGUGUGUGUGUGUGUGUGUGUGUGUGUGUGUGUGUGUGUGUGUGUGUGUGUGUGUGUGUGUGUGUGUGUGUGUGUGUGUGUGUGUGUGUGUGUGUGUGUGUGUGUGUGUGUGUGUGUGCUGAUGAACUGGACCGGGGUUAGCGUUAGCGUUAGCAAACGUCCCAGCAGCAUUAUGUGUGUGUGCAUGCUGAUGAACUGGACCGGGGUUAGCGUUAGCGUUAGCAAACGUCCCAGCAGCAUCGUGUGUGUGUGUGUGUGUGUGCGCUGAUGAACUGGACCGGGGUUAGCGUUAGCGUUAGCAAACGUCCCAGCAGCAGUGUGUGUGUGUGUGUGUGUGCUGAUGAACUGGACCGGGAUAAGCGUUAGCGUUAGCAUCAUGUUUGGUUGAUCACCACUCUCUCAGUAUGUGUGUGUGUGUGUGUGUGUGUGUGUAUGCUAAUGAACUGGACUGGGGUUAGCGUUAGCGUUAGCGUUAGCAUCAUGUUUGGUUGAUCACCACUCUCUGUGUGUGUGUGUGUGUGUGCUAAUGAACUGGACCGGGGUUAGCGUUAGCGUUAGCAUCAUGUUUGGUUGAUCACCACUCUGUCGGACAUGUUUGGUUGUUAUCAGUCGUACAGGAAGCAGGAAACUCUGCUCGGUGUAAUUUAUUUUGUUAUCGUCUGUUCGGGUUCGAGACGUGAAAACACUUUUUAAAAAGUGAUGAAAUGGUUUCUGUUCAUUUUAAAAAGAGGAUGAACUCUCUCUCUCUCUAUAGGAAAACAAUAAAAAAUGUAAAACUACAAACUUCUGUUGUGCUGAGUUUUAUUUUGUUCUUCCUUCUUUCCUUUC